AGACUCUGCCUAUGAAAUGAAUAACAGCUGCAACCGCAGCUUAUUUUUGUAAUAAAGAUGUGCGGUUAGUCUAUUUUUCUCACGACCAUCUGCUCUCGUUCAUAUUCACCUAACAUUAAUGUUCUCUUGGCUAUAUAGUGUUUUUGCUGACACCCCCACCACCUACGUACAGGGCAAACCACUACGUGAUCAUGCUGAUAUGUCACACAACUCUGAAAUCAGGGUGUGUGUGGCAUGAGACUGGACUUUACCCAAGUGGCCCGCAGGGGCGUCCUCAGGGCUGUAUUUAACUGUCAGUAGUGAUGCUGCUAGGCAGCACUUCACUUCCUUCUAGGGAACUGUGACUACCUGUCAGCUGCUGUUUCUAGCUCUAUCUAACCAUGCACCCCUACCACAGCUCUCAGUCCAGACUGGACCAUCUCCUCCCUGAAGGUCCAGUUGGUCACGGCCACCUCGGGUCACCCACAUCUCAGCGGCUGUAUCCGCCCGGGCAUUCAGCAUCAACGUUAAUAAGCCGCUACAAGGAAUCUACACAGUCCUGUCCAUCCACAAGCCGAGACUGGCAUUGUCCAGUUUGCUUGCAGACGGCCAGCUUCCCAGUCCAGACGAACUGCGGCCAUUUGUUCUGUGCUCCCUGUCUGAUCACCUACUGGAGACAUGGGUCCUGGUUGGAUGCAAUAAGCUGCCCUCUCUGCAGACAGAAGGUCAGCGUGCUGUGCAACCUAUUUAAAGAGAGCCGGUUGGACCGCCAGUCAAAGGAAGUUCUUGGGGAAAUCACAGACUACAACAAACGUUAUUCUGGAGCCCCGCGAAGGGUAGCAGACUACCUAUGUGACGCGCCCCUUCUCCUGCAGUUACUGGCCCGUGGCCUGGGAACCAUGGGAGGACUCGUGUGUUUGUUUUUCUUCAGGGUGGCCCUGUGCUGUGUGGGAACCGUGCUGUCCAUUUCCCACCCUCCUUUGGACCCGGUCUCCUCAUCAGCAAAUCCGCUGGAAACAGACCCCUCCCUGUGUGGACUGCUGGGGGUCCUAGAUGACCUAGUGGUGGUCAUCCUGCUCCUUAUGUGCGUUAUCAACAUCAACCAGCAAAUGGCGCCAGAGAGCAGAGGACGCUCUGCUAAUGUUGCGUCACAAGGAGCAAGAGGUAAUUCACUGUAGC